AGGGCUUCACUUUUAACUUCUCAAUUUGUUUGGUCCAAAAUGGGGAGGUCACCUUGCUGUGAGAAGGUAGGGUUGAAGAAAGGACCAUGGACUCCUGAGGAAGACCAGAAACUCUUGGCUUACAUUGAGCAACAUGGCCAUGGAAGCUGGCGUGCCUUGCCCGCCAAAGCCGGGCUUCAGAGAUGUGGGAAGAGUUGUAGACUGAGAUGGACAAAUUAUCUAAGGCCAGAUAUCAAGAGAGGAAAGUUCAGUUUGCAGGAAGAAACCACCAUCAUUCAACUCCAUGCUCUUCUUGGAAACAGAUGGUCAACUAUUGCUGCUCACUUGCCAAAGAGGACUGACAAUGAGAUCAAGAACUACUGGAACACACACAUUAAGAAAAGAUUAACAAAGCUGGGAAUUGACCCUGUGACUCACAAGCCCCAAAGUGACACCCUCCAGCCCAAGGUUGCAGCCAACCUAAGUCACAUGGCUCAGUGGGAGAAUGCUCGGCUUGAAGCCGAAGCCCGGCUGGUCCGGGAAUCGAAGCUAAUGUGCCCUAACCCUUUCCAGCCCCAGCUCGGCUCGUCUGCUUCAGCUCCAUUACUCAACAAAGCUGCCAUACCACCACCACAGCCACCGCUAUCGCGACCGAUGCCCCUGUGCCUUGACGUGCUAAAAGUCUGGCAAGGGUCGUGGGCGAAGUCAAUAAAGGAAAACACCAUUUCCAACGGGGUUUUCUCCGCCACUGGCGACCUCGAGUCCCCCACUUCCACGUUGAACUUCUCAGAGACUGCAUUCCCGUUCCCGGCAGUAGGCUCGUUCACCGAGAAUCCCUUGGUAUUGAUGGGAGGUAUGGGGUUAGGAAAGUCAAACACCUUCCUUGAGCUCAAAGAAAAGAUGGAGAACAAUCCCAUGCAGCUUCAUGACAUGGCAGCAUACUCAAAUGAUAGUAGUGCUGCAUUGGCUGUGGACUCUUUGAAGACAGCAAGCGCAACCCUGCCACUUCCAGAUUUCAUGGAAUGCUUCACGGACAUCUUACUAGACCAUUCUCACGACAAUAACGUCACCGGAAACUCCGAUGACGCAGCCGGAGGGAGUUGCAGUGGCAACUUAGAGGACAACAAUAAUUAUUGGAACAAUGUACUGAAUUUCGUGAACUCCGUGGCGUCGGGGUCGUCGCCUGUGUUCUGAAUCAGCCCAAAUAAUGUUAACCCUAGGAGUGGUAGGGAGAGAUUAAGGAGGUAGACUGAGAAUAACUGUAGCCUGUAAUGUUAAACAACUUUAUAAUUGCUCUUGCUACUAACUAGGAGAUUAGCUUAAUCAUAUGAAGGUCAUUAGCAAUAACUAAUGUAUUAAAAGUUAUCCUCAAUAAAUUAUGGA